AGAGGUUUAAACCUGACAAGGCGUUUGCUGGUACUUCUGAGAAGAGUGGUCUAAGAGACAGGCCAGUUGAGUUUGAAAAGGAAGUUGAAGAAGCUGAUCCAUUCGGUUUUGAUCAGUUCUUGACAGAGGUCAAGAAGGGCAAGAAAGCCAUGGACAAAGUGGGAUGGCUAUGAAGGAGGAUCUAAUAGAUCUCGCAUUAAUUUCGAAAGAGGACAUUAAUAUACAUGGUUCUGUAGCUUGUUUAUUUUCCCUUGUAGACUUUUAAAUAAUCAUAUUUCUCUGUUAUUUUAUAUUUGGCCGAUUUCUUGUCCCAUGACAUUUCAUGAAAUAGUAUAAUCUAUAGAGGAUAGUUGCUUCUUCUCAUUUCCCUUUCUGUUCGUUGAUAGUUAGGCCCCAUUCUCCUUUGCUUUUUAGAUGGACUUUUGCCAAAAAAAAGUUCGUUUCUCUUAAAAGUAAUAAAGAACAGCCUCCACUCCAGAAAAAUUUUCAUCAUCUGAAAAGUCCUUUUUGGCAUAUGGAGAAGUUAAAAAAUUUAACUUUUCUUCAGCCAAAAGUGCUUUUGGCUAAUAAUUUCCAUUUUUAACCUGUCUUCUCCCCCAAACGUUAUUUCCUCUGGUUCUUUGCAGAUAUCAAGUUCUUUGCAUGUGUUUCUUUUCCUCUGUUCUUUGUUCCUCUUCCGCCGGUGAUUAGUGAUUUACAUCACAAACUUGUUGCUCGCUUGUUCGAAAUUUGACAAGUUUAAGGGAAGAAAUAAGAAAGUUGCUCCAUACUUCUCGUAAAAACUUCGUUAUGGGUGGAGAAAUUGAAGGCUGAGAGGUCUCCUUCUAGAUGGUUAACCCGCAAGUUCAAAGUGACAAGAUUGGUGCAGCUCAUGAGAGAUGGUGGCAGAUAACCAGUGAAGUUGUUGAUGUGAAGCAGCAGUUGUUCCAACUGGGAAAGCUAGCCUAUGUCUUUCGGGAUGGGGCCUUCAAAUUCAUUGGAAAAAAGCUCAAGGAUGGUGAGCUUGUCGAGUUGGACAAUGGUUGUUAAAGAAGGCAUAAGAAGGGACAGUGAUGGAGAAACUUUUAUAUCAGCCGAUGAUCUACGUAUAAAUCUUUGGAACUUGGAAAUUAGCAAUCAAAGUUUCAAUAUUGUCGAUGUAAAGCCUGCAAACAUGGAGGACCUAACUGACGUUAUAACAUCAACAGAGUUUCACCCUACCCACUGUAAUAUGCUAGCAUAUAGUAGUUCAAAGGGCUCAAUUCGCCUCAUUAAUUUGCGGCAAUCAGCUUUGUGUGAUUCUCAUGCCAAAUUGCAAGUGUUCUACCGUUUUUAGUUUCUUUUGUUGAAUUUACUGAGAUUUGCACCAAAACUUUAUAUAGAUCUUGAUAGGUGAAGGUGUAUAUAUUUACUAUUUGUUUUCAGUAUUCUUUCUAAAAUAUAAGUACCAUUCUAUGCCAAAAGGUUUGAAGAA